CGGAGGAAGAUGGCUGCUGCGCGUGUGCUGAGGACCUGGAGCCGGACUGCGAGGCAGCUGAUUUGGGUCCGCUACUUUCAAACAUGUGGUAACGUUAAUGUUUUGAAGCCAGAAUAUGUGUGUUUCUUUGGUUAUCCUCCAUUCAAGUACAGUCAUCCACAUCAGUGGCUAAGAACAACUGCUGCUCUCCAGGGACAGAUUGUUCAGUUCAAACUCUCAGACAUUGGAGAAGGGAUUAGAGAAGUAACUGUUAAAGAAUGGUAUGUAAAAGAAGGAGAUACAGUGUCUCAGUUUGAUAGCAUCUGUGAAGUUCAAAGUGAUAAAGCUUCUGUUACUAUCACUAGUCGUUAUGAUGGAGUCAUUAAAAAGCUGUAUUAUAAUCUAGAUGAUACUGCCUAUGUGGGAAAGCCAUUAGUAGACAUAGAAACGGAAGCUUUAAAAGAUUCAGAAGAAGAUGUUGUUGAAACCCCUGCUGUGUCCCAUGAUGAACACACACACCAAGAGAUAAAGGGCCAGAAAACACUGGCGACUCCUGCAGUUCGUCGCCUUGCAAUGGAAAACAAUAUUAAGCUGAGUGAAGUUAUUGGCUCAGGAAAAGAUGGGAGAAUACUUAAAGAAGAUAUUCUCAAUUAUCUGGAAAAGCAAACAGGAGCUAUACUACCUCCUUCACCAAAAGCUGAAAUCAUGCCGCCUCCACCAAAACCAAAAGACAGAACUAUUCCUAUUCCAAUAUCAAAGCCUCCAGUGUUCACAGGCAAAGACAGAACCGAACCCGUGAAAGGCUUUCACAAAGCAAUGGUCAAGACCAUGUCUGCAGCCCUGAAGAUACCUCAUUUUGGGUAUUGUGAUGAGGUUGACCUUACUGAACUGGUUAAGCUACGAGAAGAAUUAAAACCCAUUGCUUUUGCUCGUGGAAUUAAACUUUCCUUUAUGCCCUUCUUCUUGAAAGCUGCUUCCUUGGGAUUACUACAGUUUCCUAUUCUUAAUGCUUCUGUGGAUGAAAACUGCCAGAACAUAACAUACAAGGCUUCUCAUAACAUUGGAAUAGCGAUGGAUACAGAGCAGGGCUUGAUUGUACCUAAUGUGAAAAAUGUUCAGAUCCGCUCCGUAUUUGAGAUCGCCACUGAACUGAACCGCCUCCAGAAAUUGGGCUCUGCGGGUCAGCUCAGCACCAAUGACCUUAUAGGAGGAACAUUCACUCUUUCCAACAUUGGAUCAAUUGGUGGUACCUAUGCCAAACCAGUGAUACUUCCACCUGAAGUGGCAAUUGGGGCCCUGGGAACAAUUAAGGCCCUUCCCCGAUUUAACGAGAAAGGGGAAGUCUAUAAGGCCCAGAUAAUGAACGUGAGCUGGUCAGCUGAUCACAGAAUUAUCGAUGGCGCUACAGUGUCACGCUUCUCUAAUUUGUGGAAAUCCUACUUAGAAAAUCCAGCUUUUAUGCUACUAGAUCUGAAAUGAAGAUUGAUCAGACAUCCUUGAACUUUCUGAGCUUCCAAAGAAAGCGUAAAGCUCAGCUCUUCAGCACACAUUCCUCAUCGCAGCUUGUAUUGUGAAUGACUCUAAUGUAUGAUUACGGUUCUGAGGUACAAAGUGGGUCAGCUAUUCUGUCAGGCUUUUACUGAAAAGGAGUAAUUGUGUACUAGUUCUCCCAGGGCUGUCACAUUUUUAGGUCAUAGUAUGACUUUUUAAUAUGGUGCUGAGGUCUUUGUGUCCAUGGAUUGAAACUGGCAGGAACAACACAGUGAAUAUUACUAAGAGACAGACAGCCAUACACAGUACUUGUCCUAUUUUUUCUCUUUCUCUCUUUUUUUUAAAUUUUAUUUUAAACUGACUCUUAAUGAAACUUAGAGAGUUUCAUUAUACUUAGUUGGGAAAAGGAAUUUAUAUGCAAAUAUAUUUUCUAUUUCCCCACAAUAAUGCAAAUUAUUUUACAAAGUAAGUGCAAUUAUAUUUACCUUUUAAGAUAUCCAGGAGUCUGUUGUUCUGUAGCUAUUAUCAUCUGUAAAUGUCUUAUUUGUAUAAAGUAAUGUCUUUUAAAAGUGAAAAUUAUAAGCUAAUCUUAAAAUGUCCAAUUAUAGUUUUGUAACCUAUAAGGCCAUUGAAAGUAUUUGUUUAAAGUGGAUAAAUUUUUAGACUUUUGGCAAUGUUUUAGUGUUUUAUUGGGAGAAAUUUCACCUUUACAACCUUGCUUCAAUGUGAGGAAGGUACUUGAAAUGUAGCAUUCACUGACAUUGUCUUACAUUCAGAAAUCCGUUACCUUUUAAUUUUAUUUUUUUACUUUCUUGGUCUUCAGCUAAAAAGGAUAGACUAAGAAAUUAGUGUCUAUUCCGUUCUCCAUAUCCUGAGAAGGAAUUUGAAUCAGGGGAGAGAGAAGACUAAUGGGUAAUUAUGGACAUUAAAAUAAAAUAAUAAAUUUUGCACAGAAAUAAAGGUAUCCUCAUGAUCAUUUUUUAGAGGCCCACUUGAAUCAGAAAGUCAGGUUGUUUCUGAUAUUGUCUAAGUGAAUACUGUAUGUUCAAGUGAAGUUUUGUGACAGAAAAAGUUUUAAUGUCUUUUUGAUUUUUUUCAAAAUGGAAAUCAUGUAUAAGUCAGAAAAUAAUGGAUCUAAUGAAUGUUAUUCUUUUUAAAAUUCAGAUAAUAUGAAGAGUUGCAAAGAAAAUAAAAUCAUCCAUAAGCCUACCACUAUUAACAGUUAGAUCAAGGUAUCUGUAUACAUAGCUGUUCUUUUUAUGAAAAUGAGAUUGUGCUGUAUCUAUUAUUUUAUAAUUUGAUUUUUAACAUUAUAUUAUCAGUCAAUAAAUGAUUCCAUAUUAUGAUCCUUUUAA